AUGUCCGAGUCACCCAAAGAAAAGAUACCAGAAGAAGAUGACACAACAGAAGCGCCACUAAGCAUGGCAGCUUCUGUCGUCCUAAGCAGCCUUCCGAAAGACGCAUCCAAAGCGCUCGAAACGGCCGGGAACCUCAAUGUUCAGAAAGUAACUAUCCGCCUCCAACCCAUAGGCUCAGCCCCGCAUCUCACUCAACGUAUCUUCAAACUCAGCACCAAUCAGAAUUUUGCAACCAUAGUCCGUUUUCUGCGCAAGAGACUGGGCGUGAAAGAGCAUGAGAGCGUAUUUUGUUAUGUGGGAAAUGUGUUUAGUCCUGGGUUGGAUGAGGGCGUGGGCAACCUAUGGAGCUGUUUCAAGCAAGGAGAGGAGUUAGUUGUGGGGUACGCUCUUUCACCGGCUUUUGGGUAG